AUGUCGGGCAACGGUGGUGCAUUGGAGGAAGCAAGGGUUCCAUUGAUUGAUGAUUUAGCAUCAACAGAAAAAUAUUAUGAGAAUGGACCCCUUAGGGAAAGGGUAUGGAUUGAACCAAAGAAACUAUGGAGGAUAGUCGGCCCUGCAAUCUUCAACCGUCUCGCCUCUUAUUCCAUACCGGUUAUCACUCAAGCCUUCACCGGCCACCUUGGUGACCUUGAGCUUGCUGCCAUUUCCAUCGCAAAUAAUGUCAUCGUCGGCUUCAACUUUGGCCUUUUGUUGGGGAUGGCGAGUGCACUUGAGACCCUAUGUGGGCAAGCCUUUGGAGCAAAGAAAUACUACAUGUUGGGAAUCUACAUGCAACGUUCAUGGAUCAUUCUCUCCAUAUGUUGUGUUUUGCUAUUGCCUUUAUAUCUCUUUGCUUCACCCGUAUUGAAACUAUUGGGACAGCCUAAAGAUGUUGCUGAGCUAUCGGGGAUGGUUGCUAUUUGGAUGAUUCCACUUCAUUUCAGCUUUGCAUUACAGUUCCCACUGCAAAGAUUCUUGCAGUGUCAGCUAAAAAACAUGGUGACGGCUUGGGUCUCAUUGGUGGCUCUUGCGGUCCAUGGGAUCGUGAGCUGGGUGUUAGUGUAUAGGUUUCGAGUGGGUGUGGUUGGGACGGUGGUUAGCAUGAAUUUUUCGUGGUGGGUUUUGGUUUUCGGCCACUUGGGUUACACUGUUUGUGGCGGCUGUCCUUCAACUUGGACCGGUUUCUCCAUGGAAGCUUUCUCUGGUCUUUGGGAAUUCAUCAAACUCUCUGCAGCUGCUGGGGUCAUGCUUUGCUUGGAAAACUGGUACUAUAGAAUACUAAUAUUGAUGACUGGAAAUCUGGAAAACGCCAAGAUUGCCGUCGAUGCUUUGUCCAUAUGCAUGACAAUUAAUGGAUGGGAGAUGAUGAUUCCUCUCGCGUUCUUUGCUGGUACCGGUGUGAGGGUGGCAAAUGAGCUUGGAGCAGGGAAUGGGAAAGGAGCCAAGUUUGCAACAACAGUUUCAGUUGUGACAUCAAUUCUAAUAGGAAUCUUCUUCUGGUUGUUAAUUAUGAUAUUGCAUGAUAAAUUUGCUCUCAUAUUUUCUGCAAGUGACCCUGUUUUGAAAGCAGUCACCAACCUCUCUUUUCUCUUAGCCUUCACUGUUCUGCUCAACAGUGUUCAGCCUAUUCUAUCUGGGGUGGCUGUUGGAUGUGGAUGGCAAUCCUACGUGGCUUACAUAAAUUUGGGUUGCUAUUAUCUCAUUGGGGUUCCACUUGGAUUUUUUAUGGGGUGGGGUUUCCACCUAGGAGUCAUGGGAAUUUGGGGUGGAAUGAUAUUUGGAGGAACAGCAAUUCAAACUCUGAUAUUGGCGCUUAUUACCUUACGAUGUGAUUGGCAGAAGGAGGCUGAGAAAGCAAACCUGCUCCUCCAGAAGUGGUCUGAAGUUUGAUAUCUCUGAUUUUACAAGCAUUUGAAAUAGUUAAAUAAAACGAUGGGAAGACAAAAUUAAAAAGCUCAUAUUAAUCGGGACUCAUUUCAAAUGA